AUGUCUGCAGCUGUAGAGCAGGUGGCUGGUGGUUUCUCAUCAGCAGUUAUCCAACGUCUUGUUGACAAGACGAUAGACUUCCUUGGGAUCAACUACAAUCUAAGCCAUGCUACUCAAGAGCUUCUGACCAAACUCCGCACAAGCCUCAUCAUGGUGAAGGCCAUAACCGAGGUGGCUGACAACCAGCUUAUCAUCAACACUAGUCUUACCAAGUGGUUGAGGGAACUCCACAGUGCCGCAUAUGAAGCAGAGGAUGUGCUUGACAGGUUUGAUUGUCAUGAGAUAGUUGCCGGAAAGCGCAAGGUGAGCGAGAUCAUUUCGUCAUCAGUUAGGGCCUUGAAAAGUUUGAUUGUGCCUGAUGAGAGCAUGAAAAUGCUUGAAUGUGUUGUGCAAAAGCUAGACCACCUUUGUGCAACGUCCAACACAUUUGUCGAGCUAAUGAAGCAGAGUAAUUUAAACACCAUGAAGGAGGCAGGAAUUCCGGGAGAGACUACUUCUCGUGUUCCAGUUGAUGUCAAGGUGUUUGGCCGCGAGGAAGUUCUAGAGUUGAUACUGAAGAUUAUCUUGGGUUCAUCUGGCUCUGAACCAGAACCCAGCAGCGUAAGAGCAAAACUUGGUGCAAGGAACUGCCCUGGUGGUGUUGAUGUCAUCCCAAUUGUUGGUAUGAGCGGGGUUGGGAAGACAACCCUUGCUCAAGUCAUUUAUAGUGAUGGUAAUGUAAAGCACCACUUUAAGCAGAGGGCAUGGGUGUAUGUUUCAAAACACUUCAGCAUGAAAAGAACAUUGCAAGAGGUGCUGCGCUCUUUUAAAGGAUAUGAUUCAUCUUUUGACUACCCAGAUAGUUUGGAAAUGAUUAUCAACAAUAUUCAAAGUGUCACCCAGCAUGAUAGGAGGUUCCUUCUUGUGCUGGAUAGUGUUUGGGAUGAGAUGUGUGCCCAGUGGAAUGUUUUGCUUACUGCCAUAGCUCGUAAGGUGCCAGGAAGUGUAGUUCUUGUCACAACACAAAGCAAAAGGGUUGCAAACACAGUAGCAACAAUGCGUCCAGUUCCACUAGCACCUUUGCCAUGGGAGAGUUUUUGGUCAGCUUUCCAGCAUUAUGCAUUUGGCACCACCAAUGUUGUUGAGAACAAUCAGACUCUUCUGUUAAUUGGUGAACAAAUAGCAAAAAAGCUACAAGGUCUUCCACUAGCAGCUAAAGUAAUGGGAAAUCUGUUGCGGUCUAGAUUAACUGUAGACAAGUGGAGAAGCAUCCUGGAGAGUGAUUGGUGGGACCUGAAUGAAGUUCUUUGUGAAAUCCUUCCAUACAUGGGAAUUAGUUAUCAAGAUCUACAACCCAGACAAAGGCAGAGGUUUGCUUUCUGUUCGAUUUUUCCAGAAAAUUACUUGUUUGACAAAGAUAGAUUGGUCAAUAUGUGGAUUUCUCAUGACUUGAUCGAACAAAGCGAAUCUGAUGACACUAGAUUAGAGGAUAUUGGAAGCAAAUUGUUUGGUGAGCUUGUGGAAAGAUCAUUUUUCCAGGCUACAUUUGACAAAAAGUGGUACACUAUGCACGAUCUAGUACGGGCUCUGGCGAUUGGUGUUUCUUCAUAUGAAUGUUUCUUCCACAAAGAGACCUCACACAGAGCACCACCAACUGUUCGCCACUUGUCUGUGCAAGUUAGUAAUCAACUGCACAUUCAUGAACUCAACAAGUAUAGAAAUGUGCGGACAAUCUUAUUGUUUGGUCACUGUGACAGUAAUGCAAUUUGUGAUGUUGUGGACAUUAUGUUGGCCAACUCAAGAAGCAUUCGAGUUUUAGACCUAUCUCAUUUAGAGGUGCUGACGAAUAUGCUUCCCAACAUUGCAUCCUUGAGAAAAUUGAGGUUCUUAGAUCUUUCUUUCACAAGAGUCAGCAAUUUGCGCAACUUUCCUUGUAAUCUUCAGGUAUUAUACCUCCAUGGAUAUUCUCGGGGCACUAUUCCUCAUAGCAUCAAUAAGCUUAACAACUUACGACACUUGUAUGUUGAUGCUACAACCCUCUCUCUGAUUCCUAGUAUUGGGCAAUUGAGUCAACUUCAAGAAUUGGAGAACUUCAGUGCUGGAAAGAGAAAUGGGUUCAUGGUAAGUGAGUUGAAGAACAUGCAAGAGUUAUCUGGGAAACUUUGCAUCAGUAACAUCCACAUCAUUAAGAGCACACACGAGGCAAUGGUGGCCAAUAUGAUUGAGAAGAAGCACCUUGAGGCCUUAGAGUUGAAGGGUGGAAAUGUAUCCAAAGAUGUACUUGAAGGAUUGCAGCCGCACUCAAAUCUGCAAGAACUCAUGAUCAAAGGUUACGGGGCCACAAGUUUCCCAAGCUGGAUGCUACAGGCUCACAUCUUCACGAAACUUCAUUCCCUUCAUGUUGGAAACUGCCGACUUGUAGCUGUACUUCCGCCAUUUCGAAAUUUCCCUUCACUCAAGCAUCUCACUCUAGAUAACUUGCCAUCAGUGAAGCAUGUUGAUGGAACGUCUUUUGGUUUUCUUGGAAGUUUGGAGGAGUUGAAAGUUUCUUCGAUGACAUCAUGGAUAGACUGGUCACAUGCAGAAGAUGAGCAUGGCCCUCUCCUUCCACAAGUCAAAAGCCUCAGGGAAGUUGACGUUCUUGGUUGUCCCGACAUUCUUACUGAAUUGUCAGACAAAUCAAGCAGACAAGAUGAGCAGGGUGUACUUCACCUUACCAAUCUAGUAACAGAUGUCAGCUUGUUAAAUGGGAAUUCUUUUCUCCCAACAGUGCGAAUUCUACGCAUCUUUUAUUUGGAGACCCUCCAAUUUACCCCAGAGGAGGAGCAAUGGUUUGAACAGUUAAUCUCUGUCGAAAAAAUCGAGUUUGUUUACUGUUAUUUUCUUCAGCGACUCCCUUGUACGCUAAACAGACUUACCUCCUUAAAAGUACUCGAUAUCAGGGACACGCAACUAGUGUCACUGGAAGGAGUUGUGCCCCAGAACCUCCAAGAAUUGGUUAUGGAUGGCCUUUGCACCGUGAAAACAAACUACUUCAAACCCGGGGGAUCAGAUUGGUCAUACUGUUGUCAUGUUCCAUACAUCCGGAUUAAUGGGAAGACAGUCCAAAAUCUGUCAAUUAAUAAUGCCGCUUCGUCGUCUUCAAGCCACCAAAAUUGA